GGCAGAAAGACAGAUUGUUCUCAUGAUGAUGAGUUUGAGCUGACGGAAAGCCCUUAGAAAUAUUAGGCCGAAGGAAACCGUUACAUCAACCAUCGUGAAGGACAAGCAGGUACUCCAGGAUCUCAGAAGCCAAACUUCUAAUAGGAAUGUCUCAUGGCGAAUUAUUAUUGGGCUUUCUUCUGCUCAGCUCUGCAUUAACCCUACCAGUUGUACACCUUGAAGGCAUCACCUGUGCAUUAUAUGAGAGCUCCUCUUCCAGUAUCAGCUUCCCUGUGUCCAACUUUGGGGAGCUUCAGGAACCCGGAAAGAUAUACUGCAAGGAGAGCAAUUGUUGCGUGGGUCUAUGGAGUCUGUUCAGCGGGGAACUUCAGCCAGACAUAUUAGGCUGCUAUCCAAAAAAUGCUGUGUGCAGGUCAGCACUCUGCAACCCCGUGAGAAUCCAGUCUCAGUAUCACUGCUUUUGUUCAUCAGACAUGUGCAAUGCAAACAUUACCCAUCCCCAACAACCCAUGAUCUCUCCCGCACAAGCUGAACUGGAGGGAUGUGCUCAGCGGAACGUCUCCUGUGAUUGGAUGGAAGCUGCGAGGGAGCAAGCCCGGAAUGUCAGCAGCUUCAGUAAGGCAAUGACCACAGACUCUGGCUGCAGUGAGAGAAGCAUGGGACACACUGGUGAUUAUUCUUAUCUUUUCUUGGUUGCCCUGAUUCUAUUCGUCUUUGGGAUCAUUAUAGUGCUGAGAAAACGGAAACACGUAGACCAGUUCAUUAGAAAAAGUGGGGAGGAACUGGAGCUGCAGGAUGUGAUCAACGGUGAGGAAAAUGUACCCCCUACAGCUCCAGUGGAUGGACUCACCAUACUCCAGGCACUCAAAGAAGAGGGUUUGUCAGUACAGUUAAGUCUUGGGAUUUUUCAUGGGAGAAACGUGGUCAUAAAGUGCUUCCCACCAGCCCAAAGAGAGCAGUACAAACAAGAAUGCAGGAUCCUCAGCCUCUUGACUCCUCAUCGUCAUGAGAACAUAGUGAAUCUCAUUAAAGCAGGCUCUUCUAGCGUUCUGAAGGAACAUUAUCUUCUGGUUCUGCAGCAUUAUCCUAAAGGUUCUCUCAGGAGUUACUUGACACAUUGUACCACUAACUGGACCAAAGCUUGCCAAAUGGCAACAUCCUUAGCCAAAGGACUGGCAUUCCUACAUGCAGACAUAUGGAAAGAAGGAACAUACAAACCACCAAUUGCCCAUCGAGAUCUCAGCAGUGAAAACAUUCUGGUAACAGCUGAUUCCUUGUGUGUAAUCUCAGACUUUGGCCUUUCAGUUGUAUUGGAAGGACAAAAGAUAAUGAAAAGAAACACAGAGGACCCAGCUAUAAGUAUGACAGGUACGCUGAGGUAUAUGUCUCCAGAGAUGCUGGAUGGAUCCUUAAAUCUUGUGUUAUGGGAGCUGGCUCUGACACAGGCUGAUGUCUAUUCACUUGGACUCUUGCUAUGGGAAAUAUUCAGUCGUUGUAAUGACUUAUAUGCAGAUCAAAGUGCACCUGAGUUCCAAGUGGUGUUCUUGGAAGAACUGGGUCCAAAUCCUACUCUUCAUGAGCUGCAAUCAUUGAUAGUUGUCAAUAAGAGACGGCCACAGCUUCCCUGGGGCACUAAUAUCAAGCUUGUUGGAGCCCUCUGGGAGACUCUGGAAGAUUGCUGGGAUCCUGAUUCUGAGGCUCGGCUGACAGCUCAGUGUGCAGAAGAGAGACUGAACAACCUCUGUAACCCUCAGUGCAGCAACUCAUACUGGGUGGAUUGAAAUGAGCAACUGUAGUGAGGCAAUGUUGUAAAUGUCAUUCCUGAUCAGACAUUAUGGAUAUAUAAAUACAGCCAAUAUUCACAUUUAAAUACAUUUAAUACAAGAACAUUUCACAGGUAUAAGUUAUUGCUGUUCUUAUUGCAGUUGGCACUCAAUUUUUGGCUUGUGAAUACUCUA